UCCGGUGUUGUGUUUUCUCCAUCAUGUUCCUCCUGCUGCUCCUCGGUCUGCGGUUGUGUUUGGUCUGGACGGACGACUGUCAGACGGACAGGAAUCAGGACCAUCGUGUGCGUGUGAGCUGUGUGAACCAAAGACUGACGGCUCCUCCAGACGCCAUCAGCUCCAAUACACAGGUUCUAGUUUUGUCUGGAAACCUCUUCAGCUCUCUGUCCUGGGCCGCAUAUUCAGUGUUCACGGAUCUGCAUGAGCUGGACCUGAGCCACAACCACAUCACCGCCCUGGAGCCACCAGGUCCAGUGCUGGAGAAGCUGAGCAUUCUGCGUUUGUCUGGAAACAGGUUAACUGGUUUGGGGGGACUGGUUUUCCGCUGCGCCCCCAGUCUGAUGGAGAUCUACCUGGACAGAAACCAGAUUCGUUCCCUUCAUGACGCCACCUUCAGUGAACUGCCACAUCUAGAGGUCAUUAAUCUAUCCCAUAAUAAGCUUCCAGCCCUGCCACCUCGGCUCCUACAGCGAGUCUCUUCCAGCGCCUUGAAGACAUUUGAUCUGGAGAAUAACAGUGUCUCGCUCAUGCCCGAUGGAUUCUUCUUGUCCAAACCCGAGUUACCUUAUGUUUACCUGUCGUUUAAUCCCUGGCUCUGCAGCUGUGCGGUUGGUUACCUCCAUGCCUACCUAAAUGACCAGGAGCACAAUGUCUAUAAACACGACGGGCCCAACGACAUCAUUCCAGCCGCCGAAUCAGUGGUGUGUUCUGGACCUUUUCACCUGCUCAAUCAGCCCAUUAUGGAGCUGGAGGAAAAUGACUUCUGCCCACCAGAUCCAGCACCUCCAUCCUAUUUUCCUGGGGACGUUGAAGUUGAUCAAUCUUUUAUUCUUUCUUCAGUUACAGACAAACCGCUAUCAGACCCUCAGAUGUCAAAUACUCCUCACGAUGCCACUACAAUCUCCCUCCCACUUGCUUCCACCAAUUCCUGGAUGCCUACUGGAAAAUCUUGGGUCACUCAAUCCUGGACCCAAAUAUGGUUUGAAUUCUGGACAUUGUCUGAGUACAACAUCUCAAUUCCAAAGCCAAUUCCUGUCAGUUCUCCAAAACCAGAUAUUCCUACUAGAGGCACCACUGAAUCACUAGCCAGAACAAAACAACCUGAAACUAGCAUGCUCCCAACAACUGCUGGAUCUCAAAAUCUUCACCCUGUCCUGACCACUAGCAGACCUUUGGUGAUUCAGACCACUUAUCCACCAUCUAGGCCCACCACUGGCCAAUCCCGACCCAAACCACACACUACUGUUGGCCAAUCCCAAGUCAAUCCACACACCACUGUUGGCCAAUAUCGACCCAAUCCACGCACCACUAUUGGCCCUUCCCGACCCAAUCUGCACACCACUAUUGGCCAAUCCAGUCCCAGUCCGCACACCACUAUUGGCCAAUCCACACCAAAUCCACACACUACCAUUGGCCAAUCCAGUCCCAAUCCACACACUUUCAAAACUGAAUAUAUUCCUGAUCCACCAACAGGUCCCUACUGGGCAGACGCUUUUAAUGAAGGCAGCAGGACUCUCCCAUGGUGCUUGUGGUUGUUUGUUGGCUUUGUCUUAUUGUGCGUUUUGUCGGCGCUAGUGUCCUGUUUCCUAUUCGUUUGGCUCCUCAGAAACUACCUGAUUGUCUACCGACGGCUUAAGAGUCAGUCCUGGAGGCGGUCGGACUGUGGGGUGACUCUACGGGGGUACAGACGCACUGAAAACACACCAUUGAGGGAGACUGACAGAGUGAGCUUUUUAGCUCUAGAACAGAUCAAAGAUGUUCAAGCUGUUUACCGGAGCGUUCUCUUCAUCGAUGAACCUCAGCGAAUGACUGCAGACGUAGAUGCUUCCAAGAUACAGCUGGUGUCUGUUGCAGACGGAGCGAGUGAUCAGGAGGAAGCAGCGAGGAUGAGUGGGCAAGUGUUCAGGAAGACGCUGUACAGAGUGAUUAGCCGUGAACAGGAAGCAGGCGCGUGGAUGGAGGAACACUGUGAGCACACUAGUGAGGGAACAUCUACACACUACAGUCUAAUCCUAAGGGAGGACACAGGGAGACGUCCACUGAUGCAGUGGCUCAUUGGGCAGUGGGAGCUGGAGAGAGGGGGCGUGGCCUAUGAGAGGUCAAGCACUCUGAUUGGCCAGCCCACAACUGCCACUCUAGAGUGAACCGGGGUGAAGUCCCUUUAAGGCAAGUCAUUUCACUCGGCGACCAUCUUUGAAGCACAUCUCGUCAGCAUGCUUGGCUAUUUGUUUGAAUGGAGAAACAUCAGAUUCUUCAAAACUCCUUGCCAAGCUUACAAU